GGUGUUCUUUUUCAUAUGGGUCCUCCCAACAGUCAGAUACAAUGUCACAUGCGUGGAUCUUGGGAAAUAAGUUUGUUCAUGCUAACGUUUUAAUUUUAUUUGGGAAUAGCUGACUAACAAGUGGGGAAACAAUUGUCUUAGGUAGAAAACAAAAUGUGUUUUAAAUUUGAGAUGGCGAUUAUUUAUUCGUGUCUUAUAGUUUUAAUUUUCUGGACUUGGCCAGCCUCUGGACAACAUUUUACUGAUUGUGGCGGAGAGCUUUCAGCCGAUUCAGGAAGCGUAGGGACAAUCACAUCACCAUAUUUUCCUAACAAUUACCCUCUCUUCUCAAAUUGCACCUGGAUAAUUAGAUGCAACGACGUCGGACAGAAUGUUGUCAUCAAUUUUGAAAACUUUGAAUUAGAAGAUACUGGUCUUACUGAUUUUUGUAGAUUUGACUGGGUCUCACUCGAUAACGGUGUCUUGAUCGGAAAUGCUGAUCUUGGACUAUUUUGUGGAGGGCCAAGUACUUCUGGAAUUCUUCCGCCGGCCAAUGGAAUUGUUAGCAAUGAGAGUGCUGUGACUAUCAAUUUUAGGAGUGACUUUUUGUUUAACUUUUCCGGUUUCAACUUAACAUACACUUGCAUUGGUUAUGGUUUCUUUCCCAAAUGUAUUGCAUGUUUUUAAUUGGUAUUCAGCUGGGAAAACUGACUCAGAAAGUGGGGAAUAGGACUCAGAAAGUGAAUCAGAUGAUUAAACAUAUUUGUCUUUACCAGAGGUAAGAUCUGACUGAAUUAACGCUUAUCUGCUUGACAGGGGAAUGGCUCUUGACAUACAUGGCGAUGUGUAAAAACAUCAAAUUGAGCUGUCUUCCACAGUGUAGUGCAGCUUAAUUCCUUCAAAUUCUAAUGCGCGAUUUAUGUAGUAGAUAAUGUAUUUGUUACAUAUUUUGCCGACUGAACUGCAUAAGUUUACAAAAGCAUUUUCGCAUUUCUCUUUUUAACAUAUUUUGAUUAAGAUAAAUGUCAUUUUCUCAAGGUGUGUCCCCUUAAAUUUAGAGCUUUGUUAUUAACUGUAAAUUGCCGAGUGUCAUUGCUGUUCCAUUGCUUUAAUAUGGAACGAGAUUGCUACUUGAUAAAGUUGAAACUAACACUACAAACAGGAUACACAUUUAGUUUAGUUAUCACACUUUAUUUGUUAUUUUUCAGUCAAAACCAGACGACAGAGAUGACAACAAUAUCCAGAUGACAACAAUAUAGAAUUUUAUAUGAAUUUGUGUAAGCUUCUAAAGCUUAAAAUUACUUAAUAAAGUAUAAUUGCA